AAGUUGCAUAAAGACCAAACUUUAAACGUAUAGAUUUACGGACAAAGUUCUUAGCCUUCAAAAUUGAGUUAUUGAUAGUUAUGACCCAAAUUUGGAUUUAUGUUUCAGAUGAAUUAAUUAUUUCUGGAGUCCAGUGAUGUGAAGCAGUUUUGGUUCCAGACGUUUAGACAUAUUGCACUGAAGUUUCAGCGUCUGAACGUUUUUACUUCCGGGUCACGUGACGCAACACUUGUGUAUUCAUCCGAUUUUGCAGUUCUUUCCUGUACUCUUCUUCGAACUAAACGAGCUCUUUCGAAGCAUUCCCAUUGGGCAAGUACCCUAAAUGCCACAAAAUAGGACUGACUGAAGGCUAACGCAAUCCUAAACAAGUCAAAGAGGCUAGACGUGGAAGUUGAGGAGAGGAAAUAAAUCCAGGUCACGACGAAAAACUGUAAAAACAAAGAAAAUGAGGUGUCCCACAGACGUUGCUGUAGAAGAUCUUCAACCUGAGAAGCACGAUCUCCUCCAUGUUAAACAGGAAGAGGAAUCCGAGAUGCCGUACAUCAAACAGGAGGCGGAGCCAGAGACCCCCAUUAUUAAAGAAGAAGAACAGGAACACGAAAUCCCACACUUUCCAAUGACUGUCAAUGUGAAGAGUGAAGAAGACGAAGGUCCAAACGAAGAGAGCGGGGCAGCGAAACCUUCGAGCGAUAGCUCCUUUCAGCACGUGACAACAAAAGGAGAAGGACAAUCGCAACCGGACGGCCUCUUAGCUCCGCUUUCAGACAGCGACGAUGUAACGUCACACUCUUCUGACUUUAACACAGAUGAGGAGGAUAACGACUUUGACCAAAAUGCUUCAAAAUCCUUAAACAAGUCAUCAAUGAAAAGGGACACAAAAGUAUGUGCGAUUGGGAAACCUUUUUCCUGCUCACAUUGUGAUCAAAAAUUUUCUUGGAAGUCUCAUUUAGAAAAUCAUGAGCGCACACACACUGGAGAGAAGCCUUUUCCCUGCUCACUUUGUGAUCAUAGAUUUUCUUGGAAGUCUCAUUUACAAAAUCAUAAGCGUACACACACUGGAGAAAAGCCUUUUGUCUGCUCUUGUUGUGGUAAAAGAUUCACUGAGAAGGGAAAUUUAAAGAGACACGCAAGCACACACACUGGAGAGAAGCCUUUCGCCUGCUCCUUAUGUGAGAAAAGAUUUCUUCAAAAGUAUCAAUUGACGAGACAUACGCGUACUAAACACGCUGGACCUUUUGUCUGCACACGUUGUGGUAAACAAUUCAGCGAGAAGGGAGAAUUGAACAAACACACAUGCACACACACUGAAGAGAAGCCUUUUGCCUGCACAUUUUGCAAUAAAAGAUUUUCUCAGAAAACUAGUUUAGAGAUACAUAAGCGCACGCACACUGGAGAGAAGCCUUUCACCUGCACACUUUGCGAUAAAAGAUUUUCUCAGAAGGCUAAUUUAAAAAUGCAUAAGCGCACACACACUGGAGAGAAGCCUUUCACCUGCACACUUUGUGAUAAAAGAUUUUCUCAGAAAAUUAAUUUAGAAAUACACAUGCGCACACAUACUAAGGAAAAGCCUUUUACUUGCACACUUUGCGAUAAAAGAUUUUCUCAGAAGACUUAUUUAGAAAAGCAUCAGAGUACACACACUGGAGACAAGAAUCUUGUCUCCACGCAUUGUGGUAAAACAUUCACUGAGAAAGGACAUUUUAAACACAAAAACGACCACAUGGGAGAAAGGCCUUUUGUCUGCACAUCUUGUGGUCAACGAUUCACCCAGAAGCGAAAUUUAAAGAAACACAUAAGCACGCACACUGGAGAAAAGCCUUUUCCCUGCUCAUUUUGUGGUAAAAGAUUCUAUCAGAAGACUGAUUUAGUCAAGCAUGAGCGUACACACACUGGAGAGAAGCCUUUCUCCUGCUCCUUUUGUGAGAAAAGCUUUGCUCGGAAGGAUCGGUUAAAAAUGCAUACAAGAAUACACACUGGAGAAAAGCCUUUUUCCUGCACAUUGUGUGGUAUAAGAUUCACAGAGAAGCGAUAUUUAGUAUUGCAUGUAAGAAGCCACACUGGGGAAUCAUCAUGAAACUGAAAAGUGUCUUAUUUGUAGAACGAACGAAUACAGUAUUUGCUGGACUAUAAGUUGCAGUUUUUUUUUCCAUAGUUUGGCUGGGGGUGCGACUUAUACUCAGGAGCGACCUAUGUGUGAAAUUAUUAACACAUUAUGAUAUCAUUUUACAUUUUAUUUUGGUGUUUUGGAGUGACACUGAUGGUUUGGUCUUUAUGUUAUAGUUAUCUGAAUAACGCUUAAUAGCUAUGGACACGUUCGCAUUCUGCCUUUGGCAAUGUGUGUUCAAUUGUAUAAUUGACUUUUUAUAUUGAAAUGCAUGCUUUUAGUUUGUGGCACUUUCACGCCGACGUGGGGGCGCACUCGCACUUGUUUACGCGAAGAAGAGCGCUCACACGCCAGAAGAAGACGGACAGCUACGCAGCGUCUCUGAGCGAGUGGGCGACAUGGCUGCGAAGCAUAAGCUGAGUUUAAUGGGGGGACCAGGGCAAGGCCUCCCUGGUGGCCGAAAAGUGUCAUUGCAUGUAAUUGACUUUCCUAUAUAUAUGAAAGUUGUAAAGCAAGAAAACAACUGAAUGAAAUGAACAAAAAAAUAUAUUUUUGUAAUGAGUCAAAAUUAUUUUUCGAACAGAUCAUGUGACUAGCACCUUAGACGGUCAUUUGCUUUGCAUAUUAUUUAAAAAAAAAAAAAUAGGGGAGGGAAAUUUUAUUUUUCAAAUCGUUAUUUUUUUUCUUUGAUUGAAAAUCUUUUUUUUUUUUUU